AUGAGUGCUACAGAUGGUCUAACGAGAGGGAUGGACGUAUAUGAUACGGGAGCUCCACUAAGUGUUCCGGUCGGUGGAGCGACUCUCAAACGAUUUUUCAACGUGCUUGGCGAGCCUGUUGGUAAUUUAGGUCCUGUAGAUACUAGUACAACAUUUCCUAUUCAUAGAUCUGCGCCUGCCUUUAUACAGUUAGAUACAAAAUUAUCUACUUUUGAAACCGGAAUUAAAGUAGUAGAUUAUUUAGCCCCUUAUCGCCGUGGAGGAAAAAUCAGACUAUUCGGGGGAGCUGGCAUGGGUAAAACAGUACUCAUUAUGGAAUUGAUUAACAAUAUUGCCAAAGUUCACGGAGGCGAUCUGUAUUUUGGCGGAGUCGGUGAACGGAUUCGUGAAGGAAAUGAAAGAAUCUGGAGUAACUAA